AGUGAUAACGUUCGGUCUCACAGACCGACUCAAUAUGUUUUUUUCCUAGUAUGGCACAUCUUUGAUGGUGGGGGAGUGAGCGCUAGAGUACCUUCCCGUAAUCUGUUAACGGACAUUAGUAUACAAUAUUAGGUCAUAUCAUGCGCGUGUUGCUAAACGAUCGCAUAUUACGGUGUACGAGACCGACAUUAUCACUCGUGCAAUAAAAUAUUCUACGGAUUAGGAAAAUGUCCUACGAGAAAGAACAAGCUAGACUGUUACAGUUGAUGAACGAAAUUGAUCCAUACGUUACCGAAUACGAUGACUCUGAAGAUGACGACGAAAUAGACAACAUUAAAAUAUUUGACGAAGACACGGCUUCAGAACAAGAUCUCUCAGAUGCUGAGGAAGAUCCUGUUACUUUCAAUGAACCUUAUUUCCUUGGAAAAGACGGUACAACGAAGUGGAACAAACAUUUUCCCACAAGAAACGUGAGAACCCGUUCAGAAAACAUAAUCACUCAUUUACCAGGAGUAAAAGGCGAAGCCAAAAAGCUAAAAAUGGACAUCGAUUAAUUACAUUUGUAACUUUUGUGCCAUAUUUUCUAUAGUUUAGUAAUUUUUAUUUUUAUGUUUUUUCUUUGAUAAAGUAUACUUAUCAUAUUAUUACUUAAGAAGUUUUUAGAUAUUUUUGUCUACUCUACUUUUAUUAUAUUGUUUUCAUACGGUGUAUCUACCCAAGUGAAUAAAGUUUUGGUUAGUU